AUGGCCGUCAUCGCGCGUCUCGCUGUCUGCGCUUGGUUCUUAGCGCUCGUCGCGCUCACGGCCGCACGCGACACGUCACCGCACGCUCUUCACGCAAAGCAGGUCGCCGCGACGCAGAAGAUUCGCGAUGCUGUACGCGCGGAAGCCGAAUCGCGGUACGAGCGUCGCGCGGACGAGGCCAAGGUGAAGAACAUCACGUUCUCGAAUCCCAAAGCGUCGGCGUUCUACAUCGACGGCACGACGCUUCCGCUCGUCGACUUCGAUGUCGGCCCGUCGUGGGCUGGACUUAUCCCGAUCUCCAACGCGACGAAUGAGACGCGCAAGCUCUUCUUCUGGUUCUUCCCACCCGGUCCCGAGGGCUCACUUGACGAUCUGAUCUUCUGGACGAAUGGGGGCCCCGGUUGCAGUUCGCUCGAGGGGCAGCUGCAAGAGAACGGUCCCUUCACGUGGAACCUUGGUCAGGCGCAACCGACUGUGAACGAAUGGUCAUGGACGAACUUGAGCAGUAUCAUCUACAUCGAGCAACCCGUUGGUACCGGGUUCUCGCAGGGCACACCGACUGCGCGUAACGAGGAGGAUGUCGCUUCGCAGCUUGUUGGAUUCUUGAACGAGUUCCUCGAUAUCUUCUCUGAGCUCAAGGGCAAGAAGCUGUGGAUUACGGGCGAGAGUUACGCGGGGAUGUAUGUGCCGUACAUUGCCAACUUCAUCUACGAGAACCCUGGCUCGGUCGAUCUGGACUUGCAAGGUAUCUGGGUGAGCGAUCCUGUACUGGGUCAGGACGUGGUGCAGGGAGAGAUUCCGGUUCUGCCGUUCGUGGAGAAGUACCGCAAUGUCUUCGCGUUCAGUGAUGACUUCAUGGCAAAGCUGCAGUCCAUCUCAGACUCGUGCGGCUACACCGGCUACCUGCAAGAGCACGUCACGUACCCUCCCAAAGGCGUCCUCCCUCUGCCAAAGGGCGGACGCAACUGCGACAUCUGGGACACCGUUUUCGAUGAAGCCCAGAAAAUCAACCCUGCGUUCAACAUCUACCGCAUCUUCGACACGUGGCCGGUUCUGUGGGACGUUCUCGGUUUCCCGGGUUCCUUCAUGCAAACCCAAGAGUUCAUCUACUUCGACCGUCAAGACGUGAAAGAAGCCAUCCACGCCCCAACAGACGUAACCUGGUCCGAAUGCUCAGACAUAAACGUCUUCCCACACGGCGACGCCUCCGAGCCCCCAGCACUCAACGGCGUUCUACAGAACGUGAUCGAAAAGAGCAACCGCUCCGUCGUCGUGCACGGUUUGGGCGACUUCAUCCUCAUUGCGGAGGGCACGAGGGUGGUGCUGCAGAAUAUGACGUGGAACGGGAUGCAAGGGUUCCAGAGCCCGUUGCAGAAUGACUCGUUUUUGGUCUCGGGGAUGGGCAAUGUGCCGCUGGGAAAUGUGCAGAGCGAGCGGGGGUUGACGUAUUAUGAGGUUGCGUUGAGCGGGCAUAUGAUCCCUCAGUUCUCGCCUGUUGCGGCGCUGCAGAUCAUGUCGUUCCUCAUGGGUUUCCGCGACACGCCUUGA